GGAACAUCACUUACCAGGUAUCAGAAAGGCACAAAAUUUUGCCAAAAAUUAUAAUUCUUCAUUUUGAGAAGCUUAAUUAAAGUAUUCGGAUAUAUUUCAAGAUGAAUAGAAUUCCAGUAGGCAAGAGACACGUAGAACUCGCCACAAAAUGGGUUGGUAGUUUGGCAACAUUUGGAACCGCUGGAGGCUUGACUCUUCUGUACUUCACAGACUGGAAACUUUUCCUCCAAUUUUUGCCAAUCUACAAUGGAAAAUUCAAGACAGAAGAGUAAAUUUAAAAUGUUCGAAGUAGACGAAAGGAUUCAAAUAAAAUUAUUAAUGAUAUCAACAU